AUGGUGCCCUCACAGGGUGGGGCUGUGCGCCGGCGCGGCAGCCAAGAGCAGCAGCAGCAGCAACAACAGCAGCAGCAGCAGCAACAGCAGGAACAGCAGCAGCAGCAGCAGCAGGAACAGCAGCAGCAGCAGGAGCCGAAGCGCCGCACGCUGAAGGAGAUUAUCUUCCACGAGGCCAACAGGGAAGUGCUGCAGCAAUUCGUGCUGUGGUCGCUGCUGCUGCUGCUGCUGCCGCUGGGGACCCUUUGGGGUUUGUACCGUUUGCUGCAGCAGCAGCGCCCAGCAGCAGCAGCAGCAGAUAACAUGUUCGUGGCUGGUGCUGCUUCCUGCGGCGUGCUGCUGCUGCUGACAGCUGCUUAUGCUGCACUUGCUGUGAAGCAGGAGUACGCUGCUGCUCGGGGUGCUGCUGCAGCAGCAGCAGCGGACAAAGCUCCUGCUGCUGCUGCUGCUGCUGCCGCUGCUGCUGCGCCGCAGCGAAACCAACAGCAGCAGCAGCCGGCCUCCAGCCGCAGGAAGGCGGACUGA